CUGUCCUGUCAACGUCAAGUGAAAUAAAAAUUAGUGGAAAAGAAAAAUAUUCGCUAUUGUAUUUUUUAAAUUGUACAAUUUGUUUCAAUUCAAUUUAAAAUAAUUUGCAAUACUCAAAAUAGAGUGACUAAAACGUAAAUGAAUUUGGAAGCCGAUUAUGGGGUACUUUUUAACCACUAGUGGCCAAGUGCGGAAAAGGUCCAGGAAAGAAGAAGAAAAGAUUGGGGGGGCUAAUAUAAAACCAGCGGCAAGACGAGGCAUACACAGUUAUUGCUUGAGUUGCAACUCUUUUUGUUGGAGAGCCAUGGGCAGGUAUGGUCUUGAUACAGUGCAAGCCAGAAAUAAACAAAUUGCACCUACAGACCAAGAACAAGGGCACGAUGAAGUGGACAAUGUCAUGAGCAAAAUGGCUCGACCAGCCUCCCCUGUCCCAGUGAGAAAAGGCAGAGUAUGUCGUAGAAAUUCAUAUGACAUGGACAAUGACUGCACCGAAGAUGAAACUGAUGAAGACAACAUUUUAUCCAAAUCUUCCCCACCAGCAUUUCCGUAUUACAGUGAUCAAUUAUAUGGCAGUCUGAAUACUACAGUCCAGCUGAAUGAAGCACAGAACAGCCGGAAUGAAUCACAGAACAGCCGGAAUGAAUCAGCUACAUUCAAUCAUAGAAGUACACCAAACCAACCACGAAUAACAGCAAAUCAACACAAUCGGUCUCAAUCACAAAUGAGACAAAGAUUACCAGUGAAGAAGGAAUCGUCAGUCAUUCAAUUAUUAUUUAAAAUAAUUUUGAUGUGCCUGGUUGCAAUAUUGGCUGUAUUUUACAUGGGAUACUAUCCAAGUGAAACAACUAAAAUUAAUAAUAGUUAUGAUAAGUUUAACAUAGAUGUUACGAAUCUCGGAGAAAAAUAUAAGGUGAAGGACACUUCAAUAUUACAAGUAAGGACAGGUGUUGCUACAAUAUUUGAAAAGCAAGACACAGGUUCAUUCAUACUUGCUUACAACAGCAACAACAAUUUUAACCCAGUGAAGUUCAAUAGUUUUGUUGAGGAUUUAGCUGCAACCUCUUCAAGAUUCUUACGCAACAACAGUGACACAAACCAUUAUGUGUUAGUGGACACAAUGAAUCUUAAAACCCAAACCGAAAAGGAAUUUAUGAACGAAUAUGAGGAAGGUGUUAUGAAAACUGGUGUGAUGCUAGUGAAAGAUGUUGACAACAUCCCGUCGCAGAUCGCAAUGGCGUUCCACUACUACUGUGAUGAAUACAGUCCUCUUGUCAGAAGGAGUGCAAUCUUCUUCACAUUGAAUUUGGCUAAAUGCUCUAACAAAUCUGAUCCAAAGUCAACACACGAAUACAUUGAAAAGUGUCUAGCUAAGAAAUGGAGUAAUGUUGGAGAAGACAGGAUUGGGCCCCUGCUGACCAGAGUUGUCAACAUUGUUGUCGAUGUUACCAGUCUAUUUUAAACGACUUUAGGAAUAUUUCAUGCAUGCAGAAUUUAGAGAAAAAAUGUUACUUUUUUUGUUAAUUGGUUCUGUGGCUCCGUUCUAGCCCUUGCAAGAUGGAAUAAUGAUGGGCCAGAACUAAAUCAGAACAUGACCCAUGCAUGCAGAAUUAAAAAAAAUACAUGAUUUUUUUGUAAUUGGGUCUGUGCUGACCAGAGUUGUAAACGUUGUUGUCGAUGUUACCAGUCUAUUUUAGACGCGUUUAGGAAUAUUUCAUGCAUGCAGAAUUUAGAAAAAAAAUGUGUUUUUUUUUAUUAAUUGGUUCUGUGGUUCUAUUCUAGCCCUUGUGAGAUGAAAUGAUGAUGGGUCAGAAUUAACUCAGAACAUGACUUAUGCAUGCAAAAUUAAAAAAAUACAUGAUUUUUUUAAUAAUUGGCUCUGUGGAGUAAUUUUGGGGAAGACAGGAUUGGGCCCCUGCUGACCAGAGUUGUCAACGUUGUUGUCGAUGUUACCAGUCUAUUUUAAACGAGAAUAUUUCAUGCAUGCAGAAUAUAGAAAAAAACGUGAUUUUUUUACUAAUUGGUUCUGGACAACAUUCGACCAAUGGCGGCGCAGCCAGAUACACUGCCCUCUUUCAUUGCGUUGGUACGACAGACUGAGAUGGAACUGGGACAAAUCGAACGCCAUUGGAGGUUAUCCAUAUUUCUCUUUACUGGUUGCACUUGGCACCACUUUAGGUCUAACAUGCAUGCGUUCGUAACAUAUCUCGUGAAGACAUCGACCAAUAGCGCCAAACCGAAAAUAUUCUCCUUCGUUUUGUUGGGGCGAAAUAAAUAUACAGAGGCACUAUUAUCCGCCCACUUUAAUAUGACGCGAGUAUAUUAAAGUUGGCGGAUAAUUGUGCCUCGGAGUAUAGUAGAGGUAUCAUGGUCUCGAAAAUAAUAUAUUGUAGCACGCCCUGAGUAUAUAUAUUGGGUAUACUGAGGUAUCAUGGUCUCGAAAAUAAUUUUACAAACUGCUGCAAAGACAGUUUUUGCUCAGGCCUAAAUUGGCCACAAAAACAUGGAUUAUUAUUAUGAUUUUACUACUAUUGUGUAAAAUAGUGUAUUAAUUGUCUCUAAACAAAAUGAAUACUAAUUUAUUAAUUUAAUUUACUAAUUUAAAAACUAUUAAAUAAAACAAUGUUGUUAUAA